AUGAAGCUGGAUAGAAGACGAGAGUCGAGUGCAGAAGUUGGCUGUGUUGCUGGUUGUUGUAGUUGUAGUUGGAGAGAGAAAGAGAGCGAGGGCGAGCUUUAUAAAGCGGGCGAGACGGCUGACGGUACCGGUAUUAUUGAUCUGGAGGGGCGAAAAAAGUUGAUCUCGCGCGCUGUUUUUGUUCUUAUAAAGCGAUUCUCCUUCUCUUUCUCCUUCGUCUCUUCUUCGUCUUCUUCAUCUUCAUCUUCACGACAACAACGACAUCUACAGCCUUCUGCCAGCUACAGCUCAGCUCAGCUACUCAAGUCACUCUUCUUCUUCACCUCUUCAACUUCAUCUUCAACCUCUAUCAAAAUGACUGGCGGCAAGUCUGGCGGAAAGGCCUCUGGCGCAAAGACCUCUCAGUCUCGCUCCUCCAAGGCCGGCCUCGCAUUCCCAGUCGGUCGUGUCCACCGUCUCCUCCGCAAGGGCAACUACGCUCAGCGUGUCGGUGCUGUCGCCCCUGUCUACCUCGCUGCCGUCCUGGAGUACCUCGCUGCUGAAGUGCUCGAGCUUGCUGGCAACGCAGCCCGUGACAACAAGAAGACCCGUAUCAUCCCCCGCCACCUUGAGCUCGCCAUCCGCAACGACGAGGAACUCAACAAGCUGCUCGGCCACGUUAUCAUCGCCCAGGGUGGUGUUAUGCCAUACAUCCACCCCAACCUGCUGCCAAAGACCACUCCCAAGGUCGCCAGCGUCAAGGGCGGCUCCCAGGAGAUGUAA